UUAUAUUUUCUGGUGUGCUUGUGCUGAAGCUGAGUCAGUGUCGCCAUGUCUGGCCGUGGUAAGCAGGGGGGCAAGGCGAGAGCCAAGGCGAAGUCUCGCUCUUCCCGAGCUGGGCUGCAGUUCCCCGUAGGGCGCGUUCACCGCCUUCUCCGCAAGGGCAACUAUGCCGAGCGAGUGGGUGCUGGGGCCCCCGUUUACUUGGCUGCAGUGCUGGAGUAUCUCACAGCUGAAAUCUUGGAGUUGGCCGGGAACGCUGCCCGGGAUAACAAGAAAACUCGAAUCAUCCCCCGUCAUCUCCAGUUGGCCGUCCGUAACGACGAGGAAUUGAACAAGCUGUUGGGAGGAGUUACUAUUGCCCAGGGUGGAGUCCUGCCCAAUAUCCAAGCUGUUCUACUGCCCAAGAAGACCGAGAGCCACAAACCCAAAGGCAAAUAAAUAAAG